GUAUGUUGUCUUGUCUGAUAUCUGAGCCCUUCGUUUGUUCCCUCCAAUGACCAGCGCUUGCAGCAACAACCCCCUCCUCUCCUCUUUCUUCCUUCUCAAAUCUCCAAAACUCCCGAAUGUAUCCAUUUUCUUCCCCAAAUUCUCCAACCCCAUUUCCCCAAUGAACUCCAACAACAAAGCACCCACAGGAAAUUCCAAGAAUCCCACACGAAGACGUAGUAAAAGUCCAGGAAAAUACAAACCCAGAUAUGGAACUUCAAGGAAAUCAACUUUGAAAAAAAGUUUGAGUCAAGAACAAGUUAAUUUUACUAAACCAAUUCCUGAUGAUCCUGUGGUUGGGAUUAUCGGAGGUGGCAUGUCUGGCCUUACCUGUGCUCUGUACUUGGAGAAAAGGGGCAUUCGUUCCACCGUUUUCGACACGGGAAUACAUGGGUUGGGAGGAAGAAUGGGAACAAGAAUGAUUGAUCAUCAGCCUUUGAUAUUUGACCAUGCAGCUCAGUUCUUCACGGUGACCAACCCCAAGUUUGCCGAGCUAGUUGAUGACUGGUUGAAUAGGGGUUUGGUUCGUGAAUGGCAGGGUCGAAUUGGGGAGCUUGAAGUUGGUGGGCAUUUUGUUCCAUUUCCUUCUUCGCCUCCCAAAUAUAUAGGGGUCAAUGGAAUGCGCCCACUUGCGGAUUCAUUACUAUCUCAGACUUCUUUGGUCAAUGUUGUACGCCCUUGUUGGGUAAGUACACUUGAACCAUUUAACGGGACGUGGCACUUGAGUGAGAAGGAAAAGCCUUGUGGGCAGUUUGAUGCAAUUGUCAUUGCACAUAAUGGAAAAUGUGCAAAUAGAUUGCUCGCCUCAUCAGGCUUACCUCUCAUUGCUAGACAAAUGAAGAGACUUGAACUCAGUCCUAUAUGGGCUCUUCUUGCUGCAUUUGAGGAUCCUCUGCCUACUGCACUAAAUGCAGAGUCCCUUCCCUUUGAAGGGGCUUUUGUAAAAGGAGUUGAAUCUGUCUCAUGGAUGGCAAACAACUCUAAGAAACUCUUAGGCAGAGAUAGUGGUCCACAAUGUUGGACAUUUUUCAGCACUGCAGCAUUUGGGAAGCAGAACAAAGUCCCCCAGGAAAGUAUUCCAGCUGCGACGGCAGAGAGAGUGAAGGAAGUUAUGCUUGAGGGUGUUGAGAAGGCUCUAGGACUGUCAAAAAGUUCACUCCAAAGGCCAUUUUAUACCAGAUUACAACUAUGGGGUGCAGCUCUUCCAACCAACACUCCUGGAAUUCCAUGCAUCUUUGAUCCUCAAGGAAGAGCUGGUAUAUGUGGUGACUGGCUGCUUGGCUCAAGUUUAGAAGCUGCAGCUAUAAGUGGCAUAGCUCUUGCUGAUCAUGUAAUCCCUCUGAACUUCUUUGUUCUUACCGUCUCUUUCUGCUUAUUGGCUUACUCUUAUUAAGAUAAAAUAGAGAUC